UUGUCUACUGUUGGCUCUCAACCUGGAAAACUUGUGUAAUCAUGGCUUGAUAUCCUUCCUGUGCUAUUCAACCUCAGAAGGGUUGGGAAUUUCCUGCUCAAGCUCCUUGAUGCCGAGGCUACAAUCAGCAUUCACCUCGAAUGAUUCGGUAGUACGAUGGAGCUGGUGGACGUUAUGAUACUGUGUCUUCUGCUGCACUGGGCACACCAUGCAAAUUCACAGGAGAAUGCCAUCUCUGAAAAGGAACUUGAUCGCGGUGCCUUGGAUCCCAAACUGAUGGAAGUCAAACCCAGUCUGAGAGUGCCUAUACAUCUAGCUGAAACUGUGAACCUCUCUACUCCAGGUGAGACAACCAACUUGCGAUGGAUCUCACCAGAAAUAAAAGGCAGAAAUAAUGCAGUCCCCCUCAACGCAUUCAGCAUCUACAACAACUACACUUCUCGAGAGGAGUUUGUCUGCAGGCCCUGGGGCAUCUGUGCUUUGGGCUUCAUGACGGAGGAAAGAGGCUUCUACUGCUACUAUUCCCUGCGAGGCCAGCAGCUUCUGACUAAUCAUUUUCAGUUUUUGCAAAACAGGAAGAACUAUGAGUUGCUGGAGUGGAAAUCGGGCCAAAAUGGAAGCGUUCCAGAAUACAGCAUUAAAAUCUGCAAUCAUAACUUUGUUGGGAGGAACGAAUAUGGCCUGGGAAAUGUUCACUCCGCCAUGAAAGUAUUUUUUCUCCCCUGGGAAGGGCAGGAGUACUGGUAUCAGGAAUAUGAAGUGUUGACCGUCAAUCGUGAUCCGUACCACCUGCUUGUUUUCAAAAUGUCCUACGACACCAAAAAGAUUAAUGUCAUCACUCAUCCUUCUGAGGAGUUGAUGGAGUCCAUUUGCAUGCCCAACAACAACAGCAAGGAGAUAGUUAAGGAGGUGUACAUGCAGACGAAGCACGAGAAACUCAACAUUUGGGAACCAAGUCUCAGUAUGCAGCACAUGCUGACAACUAACUUCUCGGUCAAAAUUCCGGAAAUCAUCCAGUUGAGGGAAAACCGCUCCCGGAUGGGAGCGGAUGUUUCCGUAUGGAGCGGUUACAAGUACCGCGAGAACGUGUCUCUCACAUUGGACCACACCGCUGCCAUCAAACCUGGCUACUGCUGUCGGGUCAAGAUGGUGGGCAAGAAGACGGAGGUCACCAUGCCCUUCUGGGCUGAGGUCAUCAAGCGGUACCUCAACGGGACGACGCACAUGGCGUCGGUCGUCGGCCGCUACAUGAGCAAGGAAAUGGGAGGGAUCAAAGGAGUGGCGGGCGACUGUGAGCCAAUCAACAAUGUCACCUCAGAGCGCAGCAAGCCAAGCCAAGCUGAAACACCACCAGGGACGGGUGCUGCUAGUGCCUUAUCCCCUUGGCUGGCCUCCUACAUCAUCCUUGCACUUAGCUUGGCAGCUUUUGGUGUAGCACUGUAGUAAUGCCCUGCUUGUUAUAGUGGCUGCUAAAAGUGUUGACAGUGAAAUUCUCUUGUAACUUUGUGGAGAGAUACACCAGCCGGAGAGAUACCAAUGAGCUUCCACUGCCACAUUUUGACUUGCAUUCUGAGCACACACUCACAAACACACGCACAAUUGCAUCAUAUGGAAUUGAACUGUCAAUGCUGACAGGGCACGCUUACAGUGCAGUUGCCGGAUUAUAAAUGUUGUCACGGUAACAGCAGUGUUGUCACGUUAACAGUGUCUGCCUGCUCGAGGUGCACCUGCUGUUUAUAAAUGUUGUCACGGUAACAGCGGUGUUGUCGCGGUAACAGUGUCUGCCUGCUCAAGGUGCACCUGCUGUUUAUUGUUUACUUGCUUAACACGAACAUUAUUCUGUUUUAAUUAUAAUGCACCUCCAUCAGGCUUUCCAUUACACUUGCUCCCUCCCCUCCUCUUCUCUCCUCCUCUUCUCUUCUCUCUCUCCUCCUCUCUCUCUUCUCCUCCUCCUCUUCUC